UUUAAUUUUUCAGCCCUGAAACAUAUCAAAACGAUUUCAUUUGACAGUUAUUUUUUCACAUUUCAGUAUUACAAAAAUUGACAAUCGGAAAAAUAAAACCUAUACCGAAGUAGAGAAACAGACGAUUCUUUUUGUCGACAAUUAGUAUAAAGUAAUUACGGGAGGCGUAGUUAUAUUUACUACUUACAAAUAUCUGUAACCAAAGUCUUUAACCCACGACUUUCCCUCAGGGCCAGCCACUUCAAUUACUUUAAUAUCUCAAAGAAAGAACGUAGAGGAUUGUUAUUCAUAAAAAUUUAGUUAAAUUAACCGUCAUUUUGUGGGUCAAAUUUGGUCAACAAAAGCCAUAUGCCGUGUAUGGACAUUGCAUUAUUUGCUUGUGAUAUUGCAAGACUACUCUGAUUGCAAAACUGUCUGGUACUCUUAAUUGUUCAUAUUUAUGAAUAUGAAUAUAUAUCUCUUUCAGUCCAAGCACGUAAAAUAUUCCAGUAUAAUUUAUUUACACAAAUUAUCACAGGAAAAAAGAAAACUAAUACAUGACAAUAAUGUUCUUUCUUAUUCAAAAAGUUUAGUCUGACGGCAUGGGUCCAAUACUAGAUUUGAAAAAGGUGAAACGUAAGAGAAGAGGAGCAGAUAUUGAAAAUGAUUCCGAACCUUUGCAAAUGGAUGUUCUGCACAUGUCGCUAGACGACAUUAUAGCGGCUCGUAAACAAAAUAAAACUGGUGGUUUGAUUGGUCGGGAUGUCCGUGGCGGUCCGGGUAAAAGGUUGGCUCGCUUGAGCAGACACCAGUGGCAUUUAAGACAAGUAGUAAGGCGUAUUAAUUCGGAUAUCGCUAUUCCAACUCGUAUUGGUAUCACCAAUCUGUCAUACCUAGUGAAUGAAAGUGAUCUUAAGUCUCUAUUUAGCGAGAUAGGCCCCAUCGACUAUGUUACUGUCUACUACAAUAGUUAUGGUUCAUUUCUAGGUAUGGCAGAAGUAAUUUACAAGAGCAGACGGGAUGCUAAUGCUGCGAUCAAGCGUUUUAAUAAUGUGAAGUUGGAUAACCGUAAAAUACACAUUCACCUAUUACCAGAUAGGCGCCAUACCUGUUCGGCGUGUUUUUACAGCAGACAAAAAAAUAAACGCCUACAGAAUGUGAACGCGAAUGUACGCAGGCGGUUUAUGAAUGCGAAUGUACGCAGGUGGAAUAAGAAUGCGAAUAUACGCAAACAGAAUGGAAACUCAAACGCAAAUAGUACUGAAUCUAAUCAACUACGUAAAGAACUUGAUAAUGAAUUGGAUGAAUACGCAAAAAGAUUUUCAAAAAUAUCGAUUUUAUAAUUACAUGAUUUGGAAUUCUUAUUACUUCUUAUUAUGAAGUCCGUAUUCAGUAUUUCAUAAAGACUUCAGUUAAAUAUGGCUUUUACCUUAAAUAUAAAAUUAAAAAUAGUAGAAAUAGCACUGAAACAUUUGUUUGUUUGUUUGAUAUGAAUACAGUUCCUUAUAUUCCGAAAUAUUCCGAACGCCCCAAAUGAGAAGUUCCCUGGGGAAAG